UGGCACCCACAACGUCCCUGGCAGCACCAUGAGCCUGGGAGUUUUCCUCCUCCUGGGGCUCCUCAUCCUCAGGGCAGAGCCAAGCGUGACAUCAGAGGAGAAGGGCGGGGACCCCCCGAAACCAGGAAGGUGCCCACGGGACUUCAUGCGCUGCCUGUGCCAGGAGCCCCCGCUCUGUGCCAACGACUCCAGCUGCCCCGCUGGGCUCAAGUGCUGCCCCUGGGAGUGUCGGCUCCGCUGCAUCCCCCCAGCAGAAGAGAAGCCCGGUGCCUGCAGGGCAGCAGCCCCCGAGGGACUCAUUGCCCCCUGCUCCUUCCCCUGCCUGGAGGACAAGGACUGCCUGGGAAUGCAGAAAUGCUGCCCGCUGGGCUGUGGCUCUGCCUGCCUGGAGCCGGCACCAGACCAGCCCAAGCCCACGGAGGGCCCCGUGGUGCAGCCAACACCGUUCCAGGAGCGGGGCCGAGGCGAUGGAGACUGCCCCGAUGUGCAGAAAUGCUGCAACAGCAGCUGUGGCCACCAGUGCCUGCCGGGAGCGUCAGCUGAGGACACCAGCCCUGUCCCAGCCACCCAACGGCCACUGCCACACCAGUGGGGGUGCCUCCAGGACCAGGACUGUCCCCCAUCCCACGUGUGCUGUCACCAGAUGUGCAGCCAGCGGUGCCCAGCACGUGGCCAAGGGAAGGACGGAUUCUGCCCAGCCUAUGCUGGGCUGUUCCCCAGUUAUGACUGCAGAGCCUGGUGCUGGCAUGAUGACGAGUGCCCCGGCAAGGAGAAGUGCUGCCUGAGCGGCUGCGACUAUGUCUGCCUGCCCCCGUCCCAAGAAAAACCAGGCAUCUGCCCGCUGGCUGAGGAGGCUCCGCUGGCCACAUCCCCAUGUGGCACCACUUGCAUCCGGGACUGGCAGUGCCCGGGGGCUGAGAAGUGCUGCAGCAGCAGCAGAUGUGGCCCUGUGUGCUUGGCCCCCGAACCAGACAAACCUGGCGAGUGCCCAAAGGUGAGGCCACAGCAGAUUUCUGAACCGUGCUCGGAGCAGGACUCCUGUGCCCAUGACAGGGACUGUCCCCGGCAGGAGAAGUGCUGCUUCUCUGGCUGCGCCAUGUGCUGCACCCGCCCUGCCCGAGAGCACCCUGGGGAGUGUCCCCGGCCAGAGCCAUGCUGGGACCCCCGGCGUCGGCGUGGGAGCCAGUGCCUGGAUGACAGUGUCUGCCUGCGAGAGGAGAAGUGCUGCGACACAGGCUGUGGCUGGGAGUGCGUGGCCGUGCCCAGAGAGAGCCAGGACAGCGCUGAUGGCAAGUGCAUGGAGGAGUGCGAGGUCGACUCACAAUGUCCCCGGGGACAGCGGUGCACCAGCAUCGGCUGCGGCCAUGUCUGCAUGGACAUCCCUGGAGAGCGUGACACGGCGGCUGUGCCACGACACGGUGCUGAGCGGUGCACAGAGCAGUGCGAGGCUGACUCACAGUGUCCCUGGGGCCAGAGGUGCACCCGCACCAGCUGUGGCCGCGUCUGCAAGGACACCCCCGGAGGUGAGACAGAGAACUCAGGCAUUGCCCUGGGACACGUGGGGCGUUCCAGCCAGGUGCCCCAUGGCAGGGUGCUCUGCCUUGCAGGCAGAGAUGGAGCGUGCCCCGUGCCCAGGGGCCGUGGGUCGUGCCUGGACCUGUGCAGCCUUGACGAGGAAUGUCCCUGGGGCCACAAGUGCUGCAGCAACGGCUGCGGCCACGUCUGCACAUGGGUGUCCAGUGGUAAGGAUGGGGCCAGCACCAGGGCUGGCACCAGGUCAUGCAGGGUGUCAACCAGACCCGUGUGAAGGGCACAGCCCUCAGCACGCUCCCAGCUCGGCAUCAUCGUGAGGCCGGUUCCCGCUGCUGCCCCAUUGCUCUGCUCCCAGCAGGUGCACUUUCAGGGCGAGGGGAUCUCAAGUGACAUGGAGCAGGAUGAAGCUCUCACAGAGCUGGCCAGCAUGGCUGCAAACAUGGCCACUGGUCCCUCACUUCUCCAGCCUUGUGGCUCCCUUAAAAGCACGUCCUCCUUUUCAGAUGCUGCGUGAUGGGAGAGCAGCUCCUCUGCAGCAGGAAGACACCUUCGUUAGCGGAUGUGGGACAGUCACAGGCUCCAGCUGGCCUGUCCCCUCCACACCACCUUCGGCAAUAAAGUGUGUACUUGGCCGCCUCCAGCUGCCCCACAUGCUCCUGGAGCAGCCUGGAAUCAACUGUGGCUCCCAGGGAAGGAGCAUCCCCGGGGGCAGGGUGCUUAGUCCCUGCUGGAGUUGGUGCCAAGGGGCCAGUGAAGCGGUGCAGACAAUGACCUGGGUCAAGGCAGGCUGGGGAUGGGCACCCAUUGAGUUGGUGGCCAUUCCUCCUCCAUUCAGUGGCUUCAGCUCCCAGCCAGGUCACAUCAGCAGCUCAAGGGCAAGGCUGGGCUGGGAGGCCAUCUGAGGCAGGGGGAGCUGCAGGGUGGUGGCUGGGAGAGCCCCGGGGCCACCAUGCCAUGCUGCUGGAGGCACCCAUCACCCAGUCCCCGAGAGGGAGGGGAGACAAGAGGGAUGGGCACUGCCUGCUCCAGCAGGAAGGACGAGACCCAGACGUGCUCAUCCAAGGACCCACCCUUAUAUUGAAGUGUCACAGCCUGAGGGGAGGGAUGGGCUCC